UGAGACGACUCAUUUUAAUUUUUUUAGAAAUGCAAAGAUCAGAAACGGAACUCCCAAUCGACGUGGCGUAGUAUCAAGAAUCGUUGCUAAUUAUCGCACGCGCCGUCACCCCUGGGAACAGCCUAUUGUCAUGCCCGUCAACUGCAAUAUAUUGCUCGCCCAAAGUCAUUAAGGUAAAAGUCACCUUGAAUGGCAUAGCACAUACAGCGCGCAAUAUACCAAGGUAAAUUUUGUGCAUGCGCAAGUGGUAUGACAUUCCUUCCACAGGUGUUGCGAUCACACGAACGCUACGCGUUGAAAAUAUAGGCUCUGCCUUUUUUUUUAUUGCGCCACAGUUCUUGUCGAUUUUUUUUAGUUUCUGGAGCGCACGUCUCAUAGAGGAGACCCAUCUUUAGACGUAUUAUCGCACUUUUGGUAGAGGAAGGAUUACUUACUGAAUUCGGAUAAUCCAGGGGAGAGGAUUUUGAUUUGUUUCUGGGAACGUUUUUGAGAAUUUUUUUUUCACCAUGCGGUUAGCCAUGACGCAGGUCCGUUUGUGUCUUCUGUGCUGCGUGGCAUCGCUGAUUCAUGGAGAAUUUGGUGAAGAGUCGCUCGAGUCCCCACAGUUCUGCCACAAGACAAUUAAAGACGAACCCUGCAUGCUGCCAGAUUGUACGAGGACGAGCAGGGAGGUCUGUUACCAUGGUGAUUGCUCCGACACUGGUGAUUGCGUGUGCGCACCAUGCUGGCGAGGUCCUUCGUGCGAUCAACCAGUAAACGAACACGCUCCAGUGUUUACCCAGACGUUCUACGAGGAGUACAUCUCGCCCGAUGAGCCAAAGGACUAUCCUUUCAUGUACAUCCGGGCAACCGACGAAGACGAAGCGACCUGCGGCGCGUCUAGCGCGCGCCGCUGCCCAUGCUCAGAAGUGCUGUACUCAUUGGACGACCAGGGAGACGCAAAUGGCGCAAAAUACGCGACCUUCGUAAUCGAUCCCAAAACGGGUGGUAUCAGCGUGGCGCCGGGGACCGGUGCAACACUGACCCCAAACACCAAGCACAGGCUGAAGGCAUACGCUAGGAAUCCAGACGAUGAUCGCAAACAGGGAACGGUGCUGAUUGUCGUCAUUGUCAGUGAUGUGCUUCUCAGUGAGCAAUCGGUCAAACUAAGAAGAUUGCAGGCUGUGCCCGAGAUAACCGUUCUUGGCGAAAAUCACACCCUGGAUAUCAGCUUCUUACCGUCCAGCGAGGACGUCGGCGUGGGCUCUCUGACUAUCGGAUCCCGGGUGGACUGCGUGCUGACCAUCAACAUCCCCGAGGCUGUUGUCGUAUCGGACAUCAACGUCGAGAUCUUCACGGACGAUGAGAAUAAUACCUUGUCGGUGAUAUGUCCGCCCUCCGUCAGCAAGGGAGUGGAGCUUGAGUUUACGCCGGAUACCACCAAGCAACAAACGUCCUACAAACAGGGAGAAGAGAACCCGUUUUUGCUGGACACUGUCACCUUUGGCUUCGGCAACGUGACCAACCUUAACACCUCGACAAACGCCCAGGAUUCCAAGAUCGUCAUCACGUUCUCCAUCACCUUGAAGGAGGACCAAGGCGUUGCCGUCGACGAGAGGUACUGGGUCAGCGCCGGCGUGGAGUACAACGGGGAGUCCAAACUAUGGAUCGGCCAGAUUGGUUUCCUAAUCGACCAAGUACCCCAGUAUGGGCCAGACACAAACGUCACAGCUGAGGGCCCCUUGGAUUUCUACAAAGGCGAAGUGGAGGUCUUCAAUGUGGAUCUGAAUGUCUACAAGAGCGUAGCCAACCUCACUGUACGCGCAACCGCCGGGUCGACCGCCAAGGAGUACCUGUUAAUCUGUGAGUUGCAGCUGUGCAAUACCGGCACCGGCUUCUGUUUGGAUGUCAACAAAGACUUGGCCACGUUCCAAGUAGACAUGGUAUCCCAGAAUGCUUACGAGUCCGUCUUUGGCUUUGGAAACAUCGUCAAUGGAGGUGCCGCCAACAGUACAACUGACAGCCGCAUCUCAAUGGAUGUGGUAGCCUUUCUGAGAGACGAUAGUGGAUUGGUGGCCGAGUCGUCGCAUGAGCUGAUAGCCAAUGCCAAUGAUGGCUACAAGGACACUACGGACAAUGCGGCAUUCACUGCCAAGGCCACACGUACUUAUAUCACCCCGGGCAAAGUCUUGACCAUAAGCGCCAUCGCAAAUACCACCAGUGGCACUCAGAUCGUCCCGGGGGAAUGUGCUGUGGUCCGUGUGUCUAUUGCGAUGACCUUCUCUACCUCAGUCGCUCCUGUGUCAAUCAUGCUAGCUCCGCAGGUCACCGGCACGGACUUUCAGAUCAACGCAGUUCGUAUCAACCACGUUGGCAAUGACAUCAGCUGUCUGCUACAGCGAAGAGAUGAUAUCGAAGACACUGUCGUCUAUGCAACAGGACCGUCUGCCACAAUCAACCUCAAAGGGAUAGCCAACACGGGCGGUGACGCCACUGCCGACGGGUUGAACAACGUCAUCGGCGUGGACUUUGUGGUCAAGUCAGCGGUGACUAAUCUCGGGUCAGACGGCAACACGCACACGCUUGACGUGACGGUGAAUUACGCUGGUAAAACACCGUGGACUCAAUCACUGACUGUGACCACAGUGACCAACCCAAGCUCUAUCACCUAUCCGGCAGUGCCAGAAGCUGACCCCAAUCCUUUCACCAGCACCCUGGAGCUCCAGGACCCCGCCGACCCUGCCACCAUCGCCCCCGGUGAGGUUGUGGUGCUAGCCAUCCGGCCGGUCAUUGUGCGCGGUACCCAGUAUCGGUACGUAGCCACCGGUCUGGCCAACACCACCGGAGUGACCGUUGUGGACAUGAGGGUGCAGUCCGUGGGCAGUCAUGUUGCGGGUGGUCUCUUCGUGGAUCCCGUCGCUGUCUACUACCCUUCGGUCGGACCGGCGGACUCAGCCGAGUUAGACUUGGGAAUGAUCUAUAACUAUGCCCGUCCUGGUAACUCAACUGACGAGGAUGGCCUAAUGAUCCAGCUCAUCGUUCAGGUCACGGAGGAGGUGCCAGACUCGAUUGUCCCAAUAGCUGUGGCCCUACUGGCCGGUUCAAACCGUCUGUGGGUCGCUGAGGGAAAUGUCACUGUCAGUGCCAGUGUAGCCGGGGAACCUGUCCUGCCCAACAACACCCUGGCCACGGCCCCAACCUACUCAACCGAAGUCACUCCUGGAUCGGAGACUAUUCUCGUGCACACGCUUGUCAUAGCAGCUGGCACGUCAUCCAAGUACGUGGUGAAUUACACCACGACGGUACCCUGGUUACAGGUCACCAACGUCAACCUGACGUCUGUCGGACUGAACCUAGCUUGCACUAAGGAGGGUCUACUCACUCCAGUUUCUGGGAGUUCCGAUGCUGGAACGUACACCUUAGUGGACCUGGGCUAUGUCUGCAAUGUUCCUAUUGGCAACGAAACGGAUGAAAACAGUAAGCUGGAGAUUACGUUGACAGUGAACACCCUGAACACCAGCGACGUGGAGAUUGGAUUGACCACUCUCGUGGAAGCUCACGUGGAAGUUUCCAAUGCACUUGGUGUCACGAAAUCCGAUAAGGAGGAUAUAAUAUUCUACGUCGAAUUACCAAAGUCCACUUUCAAACUCUGCUGCCCUGAGUCGGCCUACUUUAUGCGCCCCGGUGAAAUAGAGCGCUGCAACAUCACCAUGACGAUCCUAGACGCGGCACUUAGCAUCGUUAUGGAACUGGACACGCCCUUCAACGGCACGGCAACCAUGACGCUGAAUAACGUGGAGGUCGGCAUGGGCGGAAUCAACGUACAGUUUAACGUGCCCGAGGUCGUGUUGGAGUCAAAGGGGAACACCUCACAGAAUAACAUCGCUAAGCUGGAUUUCGGGAGGAUUGUCAACACAGGAGAACACACGGCUGAAGCGGGCGACCUAGUAGACGGCGACAACGACAUCAUCAUCUACAUCGACGUGCAGAUGUCGGACAGUGACCACAACGUGAACGGUUCCUACCACGCCUUAGAGAGUGGGGUCAGCCUGAGCCAGGGGGCGGUGGUCUGGGUGGCUUACUUCAAACUGGCCGUGAUGAGAGACGGCACGGAGAAGCCCUCUCUCAAUGUUUCACUCAACCACAACGGAUCGACGUCAACGUAUUCUGUUGGGGACACGGUCUGGUACCAAGUAGACGUCAGCCACGCCACGGAUUCCUAUGCCGAGGCAGUCAAUGUCAAAGGUCACGUAUUCCUGCCACCCUACAUUCAGUUUGACGGCAUGACGCUCAACUACAAUCUGAGCAGCAAGCAGCCGGACGUCAUCCCAUCAGAUGACAACACGGGAUUCUACUUCACGGUACCCAGGAUGUUCUUCACGGACCGCAUUGCAUUGACCAUCGAGACCACCAUUAAACCAAACUACCGCUACAAGUUGACCAAGAACUGGAAGGGAACCACACCCAUCGAGGUUAUAUAUUACAUGACGGUCUAUGAUCCAAACUAUUACGUUGACGGCCAGUACUUCAACGAGCCUAUGGACUAUACGACUUUUGACUUCACUGUGCCCUACCCAGAUAUACCAGGCCAAACUUUGUUACCUACAUGUGACAGCCCAACAGCCUUGGGAAUGGAGGUUGGAAGCAUACAAGACUGCCAGAUCACUGCUUCAUUUGCACCAGACCCAACUAAUGCUGCAGGACAUAAUGCAAGGCUAAAUGGACCUGCUUGGAAGACCCAAGCCCGAGCUGGUCCAUUCCUCUACGAUCGUUGGAUAAAGAUUGACCUGGGAAAGAGGGCGUUUGUCACUGGUAUCCAGACCCAAGGAGGAAGCAGUGCGAAUGCCGAUGGGGACCUGGGAGAAUUUGAGAUCCUGUACAGCCUGGAUGAUACGCUGUAUAAGGCCGCAACUCCAUCAGAUAAUAAAGUGUUUGACCACCAAAAAGACGCCCCGGCCGACCACGACACAAUAGUGACCCACACCCUUCUCAUACCAGUAGAGGCUCGCUACGUCAUCGUCAACCUGACUGCAUACGACUACACGUCCCGGGCCAAGUGGUACAAUGCACUCCGGCUGGAGAUAUUUGGAUGUGAGAUCCCGGGCACCACAGCGACAGAUACCUGUCCGACGUCUGCAACCCCUCUGAACACUCAGCCCUAUCAGCGAGGCUUCUUGGCUGACAUAUCUACCAACACUCUCUUCGUGUGCGAUACCAUCCCCCACGGUAAGAGUGGGGUUCGCAAGGAGAUCCAGGCAUCAGUCUAUGCAUUCCUCUGGAAAAAACCAGACAUGCAUUGCUUCAUGAUGAUAUAUGCUGAAAAGCAGUGGACCGGUCUGGAUCCCCGACUGCGCAACAUCGUCGGCUUCUUGCCCAGCACUGGCAAGCUGUACGGCAUCAUGGACAAUUCUCCCGACUCCUACGCCGCCAGUGACAAACCCUUCACCAGCUGGUAUCUGAUUGAGAAGAGCAACUACGACGUCGCGGCCGCAAGCGAUGGCUUCGUUAGCAGCAUUGCGGUGCCGUUCGUGUCCAAUUCAGGGUUUAGUUAUUCCAAUCCUGACAAUUUUGCCAGCUCUGUGUACGCUAUCGGUGACUGGAAAGCAACCAUGAGUGGAAUCUACAAAGGUUCUGAGAAGGUCAUGGAUUGGAACGAAUGCUGCCAGCCGACCUGCUCGGCUAACGGUGGCCCGGACAACUGCUCCUAAAUAUGGACAGCUAAAGGGUGAAGUCAGUUGCUUACGAUUUUCUAUUAAAAAUCACGAAAUGCACUUUCGUCAUUCGCUAUAUUGCGCACGUUCAAUUUACAUUCAUACAAUUAGAGCACGGGAAUUAUAAAUGUGCCUUUUUAAAAUCAUUGAAAUGUUAACAAAAAAUAAAGCUAUGUGUUCAAGAUUAGUUCUUGAUACUAUUUUUUUCUCUAAAAAGUAACUGCGAUAUGUAUAGAAAAUGUUGCACAUUUUGAAUGUGUUUCUGUGUUAUUCACAGUGUUGUGCCUUAUUGUAAAUAGUCACCGACAAAUUAGUGCGGAGAAAUACUUUAUUUUAAGAAUUAUAUCAAGUUGAUGUAUAAAUUUAUAAAUGUAACUAAACACCAUUAGUUCUGCUGUAUUUUGAGAAACCAAGUCUGCUUUGUAUUGCACUUUGUUGAUCGGAACGCAGUAAAAAUAAAUAAAUUGUAAUGCUUAUAUAGCGCUUUCCAUCGUAUCAACAAUCUCAAAGCGCUUUACAAUUAUUCCCCCGUUCAUCAGGCCACGAGACCACGCGACAGCUGAUAUCAGUGCACAAUCAGUCCUCGACUCUCACAGGUACCCAUUCAUACUCCUGGGUGGAGAGAGGCAAUUGUAGUUUAGUGUCUUGCCCAAGGGCACAAACACCAUGUUCCUGGCAGGGUUCGAACCCAUGUACCACUGUACAUGAGUCAAACACCGUAACCACUUGGCCAUGGCAUUCUACAGUAGUAAACAAGGGAGCAUGUUCCUGGCAGGGUUCGAACCCAUGCACCACUGUACAUGAGUCAAACAUCGUAACCACUAGGCCAAGGCAUUCUACAGUAGUAAACAAGGGACCAUGUUCCUGGCAGGGUUCGAACCCACGUACCAUCGUACGUGAGUCAAACACAGUAACCACUUGGCCAUGGCAUUCUACAGUAGUAAACAAAGGACUUUUUUGUUCUAGAAGUGAUAAUUUGCAAGAUGCAAAGACAAAAAUGGGGUUAAAAUAAAAGGAAGCGAGACAAAACAUUUUAUUUUUGAAAGUAUUAACGAUUGGAAUUUAUUACUACAAAUGUGUAAAAUUUGAUAUACAGUUAUAUGCAUGUACAGAGAAUUCCAAAAGCAUGUUAACGCAUUGUACAAAUCAGUAGAACGUCAACGUUUUCGUCAGAAAAGUGUAAAAAGUUUGAGAAAUAUUUUUAAUUACACUAUGCCAAAACAAGAUGGUAAAUUUCUCUUACUGUAUGCAAAAUACCAGAAAUGGAUUGUACAACUUUUAAUAUUAUCUGUAAAACUUUAGUAUAAUUAAUGAUUACUUAAUCAUCUAGCUUCAUAGUUUCUAUGUUUAUAUGCAAUAUUAUAGUUAUUCCACGUUAUGUGUACUUUUUCCUCACUGCAGUGAAUGAGAUUAUAUUUGAACCAAAAUCACCCUUUUCUCUCAAUUGACCACACAUUUGAGCACGGUUCUGAGAUGGGACUCUGAUUGUUCACUUGCCCUAAAAUUAUUUAACACUGUUGCAAUUUUUUUUAUAUGAGAGAAAUAUGACUGGAGGAUCAUUUAAAUUUAAAAAAAAAUCCACCAUGCUUGCAAAGGCAACUUGUACAACAAAGCGAGCUCGCUAGCCUUUUAAGGAGAGAGUCCCAUGAGCAAUAACGUUACAAUCCUUGAUCAGUGCUAUGCAACUGAGCAAGAUAAUUAAGCAAGAUACAUCUAUUUGGCCUACAAAAACAUUUUUUCAGCAACUUAGGGAUAAAUAUAUACAAGUAGAACCAAGCUAAAUAUUGACACACGUAGUGCAGCUUCCUAAGAUGGAAUUUUGCAUCGGGGUGAUGUUAAUCAAUAUUAGCUUUUUGCCCUUCACCAACGUUUAAACACUGUAUACUCAGUGUGUUACCUCCCGAGUGAAAGUUGGAAAAAAUCACUCGGGUGGGACUCAAACCCACGACCUCCUGCUUUCUAGUGCAGAUGUCUUAUCAACUGAGCUACUUUUUAGUGCAGACGUCUCGACCACCGAGCUUGCAGGAUCAGUUGGCCAGUUCGAAUCUGAUGUACAUGUACCGUAACAGCGGGUACAGCAAUUAAACUAUUCAUACGAUAGAAUUUGCAACCAAUUCUUAUUUAAAUGCAUAGUGCAACUUCGUUCCCAUAGUAUAAGAUCAAUGCAUUUUCAAAAAUCUUGCACAUUAGGAAGUCUGGUGCCUGGCUGUGCUUUCAAUCAGUGCUUGUUUUUUGUAUGCGGCGUCUGGGGUACAACACAAUCAAUUUGUCGCGGUGUGAAAUCCGAAAACACAAUUUUCUUCAUAUAUAUGUAAAAUGUUACAAUCUUAUCCAGCCAAUAUGCAGUAUCGCAUUACAUAUUAUUACAAGCAAAAUGGAAAAGGGGAGUUGUUUUUGAGGAAGUUUUGAAGUAAUAAUUCACAUUGAAUGAUAAAAUACGUAAAACACAUUGGAAAUAAAGUACGCGAUAUAAAUCCAUGACUUGCUAUUGCUGUAUCCAAUCAGGAAACAGGAUGCAAGUUUCUGAACCAGGGGUUGAAAAAGUAGCCCUGGGGUCGAGGUUGUACUUAGUGCCAAUAUUUUAAAAGAAAAAAAAUUAAGAUUAGGGAUGUUUAUGUGCAGAGUUUUGUUUUUCCGAAAUGCUAAUAAUUUUGGUCAAAUUUUGUAAAUCUUUAAAUGCACUGUCUUAGUCUGUGUAACAUCAGAAGUUAUGCCUAGAGGCAAAGAAAGGAGUAAAAAUCAUUAAACUUUUUGAGCGUAUUCUACACCUAA